CAACGUGUCAAUUUGAUGCCAUUGAAAUACUGUUGGCUGUAGGCGUUACGGCUGCCAUUUGUCUGACUUUGAGCCUUUAUGCUUGGCAAACUAAAUAUGAUUUUACUACUAUGGGCGGUUUGUUGUUAAUAUCACUGGUGGUAUUUAUAAUUUUUGGAUUAUUUACAUUAUUCUGGCCGUUACGUCCUCUAUUAAUGGUGUACAGUUCAUUGGGUGCUUUACUUUUUGGCAUUUAUAUGAUAUAUGAUACACAACUAAUGAUGGGUGGCCAUCACAAGUAUUCGCUGAGUCCAGAGGAAUAUGUUUUUGCUGCUUUAAAUUUGUAUUUAGAUAUAAUUAAUAUAUUUAUGCAUAUUUUGUAUGUUAUAACAUCGGGUAGAUCUUAAUUUGUAUUAUUUUUAGUCUUUUUUUAUUAAAUUAGUUAAUUAGUUUAUUUGGAAAAUAAACCUUUUUAGUUAUAUAUGUAUACAUCAUUUUUUAGAUAAUAAUGAAAACGUGGUAUCAAUCCAUUGUAGCGAAAACACAGAUAUAUUUCAAUAAAAAGUAUU